GUAACAUUGUUGUGGAGGCGGACGGCAGCGGUGCGGGGGAAGAAGGCGGCGCCAUCAUGGAGUACACGGGCAGCAGCUACGUCGGGGACUACCACCAUGGCAGGAUGGAAGGAUACGGGGAGUAUACUCUCCCAACAGAAACAAGAUACGAAGGAGAAAUGCGAGACGGCAUGUUUCACGGCCAAGGAACCUUAUAUUUUCCCAACGGAAGCAAAUAUGUGGCCACCUGGGACUCUGGAGCUGUAAUACAGGGUAGCUACAUAUUUGCAGAUGGCUUAGAAUAUGAAGAAGACUGGAACUACUGUGAUGGUUAUGACAGGCGCUUUUAUACAGAAAUAUGUAAUGGAUUGAAGCCAGCAGGUCGAUCCCAGUUGACAAACCGAGAUCCUCCAAGAACAAUACCAGCAGGUUGCUACGACUGCGGUGAUGGCUUCUACAACCCACGAAAAAGGGUCAUCUCUGAUUACAAUAAUGAAUUUCUUCGUAAUGCGGAUGACGAUGAGCAUAACUGGAUAGUUCGCACCUGUCGGAAAGGUUGGGACCAGAUAACAGGAUACAGGCCUGAACUACACCAGCAGCAGCUACCGAGAUACCCCUCGUGAUUGAGAUGGAGCCUGUCGUAGUUGUCACGUAGUAUCCUCAUUCCUUUGGUGUUAAGCGUGUUUUACAUUAGAUAGUGAACCUUGCAGAAUUUGUCAGAAUUAAAUCCUUCUCGCACAUCAUUUACAGAACGUGACAAAUUCAUACCUUAGCUUUAUAAAGAUAUGAUUUGUUGUUUUAGGAAAUAUUAGGAAAUAAUUCUGAGUAAUUUUCCCCAAUUUUCUAUCUUGUGCACCCAUCUCAUGAAAUAUUUAUGAUGCCUAAUUUUUCUCAAUGUCACCAUUUUCUGCCCUGAUUAUUGUGCUGGGCAGUGUUUUGCUCCGAUACAUGCAGACUAGCACCUGGCUUGGAAGAAAUAGAGUGUUUUAUUUCUGAUAAUACCCACCUUAAAUACAUGUUGUAUAAAUCCUUUUAGUGUAAACCUGGUUUCCAAAAGUGAUAAUUGAUUUCCGUUCUGGUUAUCUUGCGAAAGGUUACGCAGUGUAAAAAUACAGGAUCAUCAAUUGAAGGCAAACACUUGUAAAGAGUUCCACCUUUUGAGAUUCAUGUUCAGGUUUCCGAUUUAGUUUGGCAUAUUGUCUUUUGAAUGUUCUUGGUGUUUUCCAGGUGUUGAAGAUAUCUGCUCUGUUUUAUAGAGACAUCUGUGAAGUAUGCUUGACUUUCGGUAAUUAAUAAUCCGCAACCGAUUAACAGAGGUGUUGGUAGAAAAUUGAAAAAUAUUUAUUAACUUGUAAGCUUGAAUGUUAAAACUCUAUUUUCAACAAAGUAUGCAUUUUAUGUUUUACUAUAUAGUCAGGAAACUGAACUUUAUAUCUGUAAAUUCAACCACAUCCUUUGUUCUGAAUUCUGUAGGAAUACAUCUGUACUAAAUUAUCUAUAUUUUGAACAUGCCAUGCUUCAUGUUUGACACAACAAUGGAAGUAGAUCUAUAUAUUGAUUGUAUGGCAGGGUGUCAAUCCUUGUCCAUCUUAUUUUGGAAAUAAAAGUGAAAAAUAAGUACUGUAA